AUGAAUUUAGACAAUUUCGAGGAAGCUGAAGAAGUAGGAUAUGGAUGUAUUUUUAUGGACUUUUGUGAAGAAUAUAUGGGGGAAAAUGAUGAUGAUCCCCCAUAUAUUGAACAAUUAAAAGAUUUAUCAAUGACAGGAAAACGCACUUUGUAUGUCGAUUUUAAGCACGUAAUGCACUAUAGGCAAUCAGAUUCUCUAUCAAAAGCCAUUUCUCAACAAUACUAUAGGCUAGAACCGUAUCUCCGAAGGGCGGUUGAACGUCUCAUGGAGAUACAUUGUUCUGACAAAACCAAAAAACCUGUUGAAGACACACAGGGCCGCGAAGGUCUGGUGACUCUGGAAAAAUCUUAUUCCUUGGAAUAUUCUGUGGCUUUUUUUAAUCUCCCUUCUCAAAAUCGAAUCCGAGAUUUAAAAACUGAUAAGAUAGGGACUUUAAUGAGUAUAUGUGGUACUGUAACAAGAACGAGUGAGGUUCGACCUGAAUUACUUUAUGGGAAAUUUAUUUGUCAAGAAUGUAAAGUUGAAGUUGAGAAUGUUGAGCAACAGUUCAGUUAUACAGAGCCAAUCAUGUGUCAGACUCCAACAUGUUCCAACAGAGAUUCAUGGGUACUUAAAAUCGAAGAAUCCAAGUUUACAGAUUGGCAAAGAGUUCGGAUUCAAGAAAAUCCAAAUGAAAUACCUACAGGAAGCAUGCCUAGAACUCUUGAAGUUAUUCUUCGUCACGAAAUGGUUGAAGGUGCAAAACCCGGAAACAAAUGCAUUUUUACGGGUACACCUCUUGUUAUUCCAGAUAUUCAUCAAUUGGGCGUUCCAGGUGUUGGAGCUGAAGUUCAACGUGAUAUUCGUAAUAGUAAGUUCAAAGGAGCUGAUGGAUUAGCCAACGCUGGAGUCACGGGUCUAAAGUCUCUUGGUGCUAGAGAUUUGUCAUAUAAAAUAUCUUUUUUGGCAUGUACGGUACAUACUGUUGAAGCAAAGCGUGACGCCUUGAAUAGACUAACAGAUGAGGAUGAUCUUGAAGAUCAUGAAGCGCUUGUUAAAUCAAUGAAAAAGAUGGAGAAAGAACUUUUGGAAGAAAUGAGCAAAGAUGAAAGAAUUUUCGAUAAUCUAGUCAGAAGUAUCGCUCCAAGCGUUUUUGGACAUGAAGUAAUAAAAAAAGGAAUAUUACUUCAACUUCUAGGAGGUGUUCACAAAGAAACUUUAGAGGGUAUGAAUCUCAGAGGAGAUAUAAAUGUCUGUGUAGUGGGUGAUCCUAGCACUAGCAAGAGUCAGUUCCUCAAAUAUGUUUGCCGGAUACAUCCUCGCGCUAUAUUUACGUCUGGAAAAGCCUCUUCCGCUGCUGGGUUGACCGCGGCUGUUGUCAAAGAUGAAGAGUCUGGCGAUUUUACUAUAGAAGCAGGUGCUUUAAUGCUAGCGGAUAAUGGAAUUUGCGCUAUUGAUGAAUUUGAUAAAAUGGAUAUUUCUGAUCAAGUUGCUAUUCAUGAAGCUAUGGAACAGCAGACAAUUUCUAUCGCAAAAGCCGGAAUUCAUGCGACUUUGAAUGCUCGAACAUCAAUUUUAGCAGCGGCAAAUCCGAUUGGUGGUCGAUAUAAUAAAAGACUAUCACUUAGACGAAAUAUUGCAAUGUCAGCUCCAAUCUUGUCUCGGUUUGAUCUAUUCUUUGUAGUAUUAGAUGAAUGCAAGCCGGAAAUAGAUCAGAUGAUAGCUGAGUAUAUCGUAGGAAUUCACAGAUUAGGAGAUGACAACAUUAAUCCACCCUACGAUACUGAGACACUUCAGAGGUAUAUUCGCUACGCAAAAACUUUCAAACCUAAGAUUUCUCAAGAAUCCAAAAGAUUGUUAGUUGAAAAAUAUAAAGAACUCCGUCAGGAUGAUGCUUCCGGUGCAGCGCAAAAUUCAUAUCGUAUUACAGUUAGACAAUUGGAAAGUAUGAUACGAUUGUCUGAAGCUAUUGCAAGAGCUCAUUGCAAUGAUGAAGUAAUUCCAGAAUUUGUGAGUGAGGCAGCUAAACUUAUGCAACAAUCCAUAAUUCAUGUUUAUCAUGAUGAUGUUGUAUUGAAAGAUGAUAAUACAAUGGAGGUUGACGGUGUACCUCAAAUUCAAGAAAUUAGGAUAACAAGAGAAGAACUUACUAAGAUUCAAAAUGCAAUUAUUGAUAAAUUAUUGUCCUCAGAACAUGAAUCGUGUCGCGAAGAAGAUCUUGUACAAUGGUACAUAGAACAAUGCGAAGAAACUUUGACAAGCGAGGCUGAAGUUGAAGCCGAAGAAAAAAAAUUUAAACUAGUGGUGAAACAUUUACUCAAGGAAAGCUUUUUACAAAGAGUUCCCAGAGGUAGUCGGGAAGGUAUCGAUCUUGAAGAUGAUCAAGAAGAAUACGACCAAAUGGACGUUGAACAAGUAGAAACAGAUGAACUAACUAUACAUCCAAAUGUUGAUACUAAAAAGUACUAUCAAUCAAUCAAAUAA